AUGACCUUCAACCUCGUUGGGAAGAGCACCAUCCGCUGCACAAGUGACAGUGAAGGGAAUGGGAUGUGGAGCGGCCCUGCACCUCACUGUGAACCUUCUGUUCCAUUUGUCAAGGUGGAUGUGUCAAAGUUGUAUGCCAUAGCUAAAACAGAUGACUCCAGCGGUACAGCCAGUCACUGGAUGUAUCGACUCAUUGGCUCCCCUUCUGCUACUUGUCAUCUCUCAGGCAAUACUGUCACUUGGGAUAAGGAAACACCUAUUUGUGAGAAAAUCUUUUGUCCAAGCCCUCCAUCUAUCCUUAAUGGGAACCACACCGGAACUUCUCAGGGAGGCGUUCCUUAUGGAAAGGAAAUUACCUACACAUGUGACCCCCACUCAGCCAGAGGGAUAACCUUCAACCUCGUCGGGAAGAGCACCAUCCGCUGCACAAGUGACAGUGAAGGGAAUGGGAUGUGGAGCGGCCCUGCCCCUUACUGUGAACCUUCUGGACCUGCUCCAUGCCCACUUCCACCCAAGAUCCUCCAUGGGCAUUCCACUGGAGGACAAGCCUCUCCACACUUUCCUGGGAUGACAGUCAGCUACACUUGUGACCCAGGCUACUGGUUGGUGGGAAGGAACUUCAUAUUCUGUACACACCUGGGAACCUGGAGCCAAUUCAAGGCUUACUGCAAAGAGGUAAACUGUAGCCUCCCAGAGUUUAUGAAUGGAAUCCGGAAGGACUUGGAAAGGAGGAACAUCUAUCACCAUGGAGAUAAUGUAACUUUUGAGUGUGAAGAUGGGUAUACUCUGGAAGGCAGUCCCCAGAGCCAGUGCCAGGCAGAUAACACAUGGGACCCUCCUCUGGCCAUAUGUACAUCUAGCACGCCUGUUGCUCUCAUAACUGGCAUUUUCCUUUGCACGAUCAUCUUUCUUUUACUCAUCAUUAUUGCCAGUUGGAUAAUUAUAAAGCACAAAAAAGGCAACAAUACAGAUGAAAAAUCUAAAGAGGUUAUCCAUUUACAUCCUCAAGAAGACAGCGGUGUAAAUCCUCAAACUCCGCAAACAAAUCAGGAAAACACCAGUGCCCUUCCUGACAAAGUAUAUAAAGCUGGAGAACACCUCGAAUUAAAAUGUUGGUUGGAAAGGAACCAAUUCAUUUCAAGAGAAUAAGAUGUGAAAUGCGUAAAAUCUUGGAAGUGACCUCACAGAGAUGCAAGCCUGUGCACUUGGAGAUGCGGAAGCGCCCCCAGGAUCUAGUCAAAGCUCCCUCCUUUUAGUCUGGAUUAUGUCACUCCUUCACCCUCUUGCCUUGUGCUGAAAGCACACACCAUCUACUGAGGGGAGAAGACUGCUCUUGGGGUAUAUAAAUAGUCUCACUUACCUAAUGGAAGAAGGUGUUGCCUAGGACUUUAGAUUACAAAUUUGUCACUCUCCUUUCUUAUUUUCAAAUGUCCAUACGAUGGAAUGGGCUCAUUAACAAGAAUUUGAAAAUCCAGAGGGAGACAUGAAAAACAAAUAAGUCGCAUAUAAUUCGACUACUCAGUGAAGGAAGCUGUUAGUAUUUGGAUUCAUUUUCUGAUAACCUUUCUUGAUAUGUUUCUUUAUACACAAGUCUUUCUUAAAUAGUUACUUUUUCUUUCAUACAGCAAAAUCUCCUCCUAUUAGAUCAGAGUAAAAUAUAGCUAUAUCAGUUUUUACUUACCUUAGGAUAAAGAAUAUUUUCUGUUUAUUAAAUAAACAUUAAAUGAUUCUGGGGGAGAGGUUUUCAAGAGAAAUAUCUUAAACAAUGAGCUUUGGAUAUUCCUUAAGUUCUGUUUCAAAAGCACUUUUACUCUAUUCUUUAUAAAAACAUACUAUUUUAAAUAAAAGAAUAAUUUUAUUACAAAAGCAACUGGCUUA